AUGUCUAACAACCGUGACGCCAUAAAGGUUGAGCCUAUCAAGGCCGGCAACCAAUCUGAAAUAGAAGAGAUGGCUCACUUGGCCGCUCAGGGUGGAGAUGGAAGAUUGUUCAAAAUGGAAAUUGAUUAUACAACACAGGUUGAUGAAGCCAUUCCCACAGCUGAUUCCUUAGCUUCCGCUGGAAAAAUUGUUGAAGCCUUGGAAUCAUUGAGUAAUUUGGAAAAAUUGACUCGUUUGGGAUCUGAUAUGAAGAGUAAUGCCCGUAUAGUUCAGCAUAUGGUCAAGAUGUGUUUUGAUGGAAAGAAGUGGGAUCUUCUAAAUGAAACUAUUCUCACUCUCUCAAAGAAGAGAAUGAUCAUCAAAGUGGCUAUCGCUAAGAUGGUAAAAGAUGCUUGCACUAUGGUUGAGAAGCUCCCAACCGAGGAUUUAAAAAUGAAACUCAUUGAUACUCUGCGAACUGUCACCGCCGGAAAGAUCUAUGUUGAAGUUGAAAGAGCGCGCUUAACUUCAUUGGUCGUAAAAAAAUUGGAAGCUGAAGGCAAAGUUGAUGAAGCUGCUACCAUGCUUUUGGAGCUUCAGGUAGAAACCUACGGUUCUAUGGAAGUUAAGGAGAAGGUCGAGUUCUUGUUGGAGCAAAUGAGAAUUUCUGUCGCCAGAAGCGAUUACGUUCGUGCUGGAAUCAUAUCCAAGAAGAUCAGCAUCAAGUUCUUCAAUAGCGAAUUACCUGAGGUUCAAGAUUUGAAGCUUAAAUAUUAUAACCUGAUGAUUACGAUCGGCUUACAAGAAUCUCAAUAUUUGGAAGUUUGCAGACAUUACAGAGCAAUCUUCGAUACUCCUAUUAUCAAGGCUGAUCCAGAAAAGGCCAGAGCUGCCUUGAAAUGCGCUGUGGUUUACUGUCUGCUCUCUCCUCAUAGUAAUGAGCAAUGGGACCUUUUGCAUAGAAUUCACAUUCAAAGAGAUCUCGAGCCCGUUGUUGAAUACAAGGCUCUUCUGGAUCUCUUCGUCAAUCAAGAAUUGAUCUCUUGGGCUGGAAACAUUGUUGCUCAAUAUGAAAAGCUGUUGAAAAAAGGAACACCUACGUCACCAGCUACACCUGUGUUUGAUUCUAGUUCAAAAGAUGGCGAGAAACGUUGGGAAGAUUUCCACCUCCGUGUCGGAGAGCAUAAUAUGAGAAUGGUCGCUAAGUAUUAUUCAGAGAUCACCUUCGAACGACUCAGCGAACUAUUAGAUUUCCCACUCGAUAAAAUGGAGUCCUUCCUCUGUAACCUCAUCGUUACCGGACAGAUACCAGAUGCUAAAAUUCAUAGACCCAGCCGAAUUGUCAACCUUCGCGCCAGAAAAGCUCCAAUUGAGGAAUUGGACCAGUGGGCUAGCAGUGUUCAUAAGUUAACCGAAACUCUUAAUAAGGUGUCUCAUCUCAUCCUGAAAGAACAAAUGGUUCACAAAAAUCUUGAUAUAAGUCAAUAUUAA